UGAAAAUAUCCAAUAUAGCAAUCUUACAGAAACUUUGAAUCUUGAAAUAAUAUCCAACAAACAAAAUGAGCACUCUCCAACUUAACUCUUAUGGUAUAGCUUCCUUGAAAGCUCCCCACAAGUCGAAAUACACUACUACCCACAAAACCCUCAGACCCUUGAGCCAUACCAAUUUCUCUAGAAUUAAAAUCAGGGCCAUCGGCACGGUCCCCGAUAGUAAAUCCGAUGCCAAGGAGCCUGAAGAACCACCGUCCGUCAAUUUUGCAUUUGUUCAUUCUGUUUUACUGCCUGAUGGAACUCCUGAUGUGCAUUUUCGGACAAGCUGUGGUGGGAAAAAACUUAGAGACAUAAUGUUGGAUUCAAACAUUGAAUUGUAUGGACCAUAUGCACGACCAUUGCUAAAUUGUGGAGGAGGAGGAACAUGUGGAACUUGCAUGGUGGAGGUUAUAAUGGGGAAGGAGCUACUUAACCCUCGUACAGACAAAGAGAAGAAGAUACUCAAGAAGAAACCCAAAAAUUGGAGACUUGCUUGCCAAACAACAGUGGGUAAUCCAGAUUCAAGAGGACUGGUUGUCAUCCAGCAACUGCCUGAGUGGAAAAAUCAUGAAUGGAAAUAUGAAAAAAUAUUGCCAGCAGAAUUAUUACCACAAUAAACAAAUUUCUUCCUGUACUGUUAUAUAUAUAGCUCUCUCAAUAUUCAAAAGAUUCACAUUAGGGUUUAAAUUAUGUUUACAGUGGCCGUCAAUCUACUGUAAUUCUCCUCCUUUCAUCCUGAUUUAGAAUUAAAGCUUACUUCUUAUUGUCAGUGCUUUCUCUCACGCUGCAAAAUGAAAGAUUGUUUUGCUGUAACCCAACUUUUUCUAAUGUAUGAAAGAAUUGCAUUUGAAAUUUGCCCAUAAACUGUCAAAAGAGUAGAAAACAAAAAGAAGCAAACCAACACCACAAUUCAAAAGUGAUAGCACAUCGUCCACUUCUCAUAAAUGCAAAACUUAUCACAACAAAGAUUUACAACAACAAAGAUAAUUUAAAUGAACUAAAAAGGAAAUAUUAAAAAAAAAAAACGAAAAAGAAAAGAAAA